GAAUUCUUCAGUCCGGUGAUGCAGCUAUACCACUACUAGCACUCGCAAUUUCCUCCAGUUUGCAACGACUAUAUAGAUCCCAUGGCUCGGCUGUCAGGUCUCCAAAGACAGGUGCUGUCUCUGUAUCGGACAUGCUUGAGAGAAGCCGGGAAGAAACCCAUUGAGACGAGAGAGAAUUUCAGAGCAUAUGCUAGGGCCGAAUUUCGAAAGAACUCCUCUGUUAGCAAGAAAGAUUUCGGUGCGAUAGAGUAUCUACUACGGAAGGGGCAGAGGCAGCUUGAGAUGUACUCAUCCCCCGGGAUUCGCAAUAUCCGGUGA